CGUUGAUGAUAAUGUCACCAUGACUGCCUACAUCAUUGCAUCACUGCUUGAACUAGGUGUCCCCACCACGGAUCCUGUCAUCACCAACGCUCUGUCAUGCUUGAGGCCUGUCGUUGGGAACUUGAGAAACACUUACAUUACAGCUCUGCUGGCCUACACCUUCAGUCCUGCUGGAGAGACCAGCACUCGAUCACAACUAGCCUCUUGAUGUUGCUUCAUCAGGUUCUUUGACAUCAACUUUCUGCCCUCCGUAUUGUCUUCAGGUUCAAAGCUCCAUUGGUCUCGGACUUCAUCUGGUGAUACUCUGGCGGUGGAGAUCAGCUCUUAUGUGCUGCUAGCGGUUCUCACUAAACAGCCUCUCGCAACUGCAACUCUGAGCUAUGCUAACCGCAUUGUCAACUGGCUCGUGACCCAGCAGAAUCCCUAUGGAGGCUUCUCCUCCACCCAGGACACUGUGGUGGCUCUUCAUGCCCUGUCUGUGUAUGCUGCUAAAGUCCUCAGUGGCAGGAGGAGAGUCUUAUAGCUUCACCGUGAAUCGGGACAACAGGCUGCUGUAUCAGGAGAAGCCGCUGAAGAACAUUACUGGCAAAUAUAGUGUUAAAGCAUCAGGGUCCUAUUGUGUGUCUGUGGAGGUCUGUAUCUUCACCCCCUCCAUUUCUGUUUGUUGCACGUCCUAAUUCUGUUUUACUUUGCAAUCAUAGAUCGCAUGUUUCUACAACAUCCCGACACCUAUUAAAGUUGUCAGAGCACUGAGUGUCGAAGCAAAGGUGAAGGGAGACUGCCGACCGCUUGGAGCCAAUCUCAUGUUGAACUUCACAGUGAAUUACAAUGGUCCAAAAGAAAGUACUAACAUGGUUAUCGUGGACAUUAAACUCCUGUCUGGCUUCACGACAGAUACGUCACUGCUUGGAUCUCCACCCAAAUCGUUUGCCCCGCUAGUGGAGCGGGUUGAUGCUGAAGAUGAUCGUGUUCUAGUUUAUCUGAAAGAGGUUCUCAAACAAUUCCCCAUAACUUACACUCUACGACUGAAUCAGGUUCUUGCAGUGAAAAAUCUCAAGCCAGCGGUCAUCAACGUUUAUGACUACUAUCAGACAAGUGAUCAGUUUGAGACGACAUACGCAUCCCCCUGUCCAUGAUUGUGCUGUAGUACUGGCCACAAAACAUGAAUCAAAU